AUGAGAGAUACUGGGAAGGGCUGCGUGCAGGGGUCUAUCGGUGGGCCGAUAUUGUGGAACCUGCUCCUGGAUCCACUGCUCCAGGAGAUGGAGGCCAAAGGCGACUACGCGCAGGCCUUCGCCGACGAUGUGGUGUUGCUGUUUGAGGGUGAGACGGCCCUCGAGAUCGAACGGCGAGCCAAUGCCGCCCUCGAACGCGUGAGGGCGUGGGGCCAGUCAAAUAAACUUCGGUUUGCGCCUCACAAGACCAAUGCUAUGCUUGUGACGCGCAAACUGAAGUAUGACACCCCACGUCUUCGCAUGGGCGGGAUCGACGUUGUCUUGUUGAGCGAAAUCAAGCUGCUGGGGGUCGUCAUAGACCAUAAACUAACCUUCAACGCCCACGUCGCGAACGUCUGCAAACGCGCGGUCGCCUUCUACCACCAGCUGGCCCGAGCGGCUAGGGCCAGCUGGGGUCUCCAUCCUGAAGUGAUCCGCACUAUUUACAGAGCGGUGGUCGAACCUGUGAUCUUGUAUGCGGCCGCCGUCUGGUCGCCGGCCGUGUCUAAGCUCGGUAUACGCAAACAGCUGAACGUGGUCCAACGGGGCUUCGCACAGAAGCUUUGCAGGGCAUACCGAACCACCUCCCUGAACUCCGCACUGUUGCUCGCUGGAAUACUCCCCCUCGACCUCCGCGUUCGCGAAGCGGCGACUUUAUACGAGGCGCGGAGGGGGGUGCCCCAGCGGGUGAUAGGGGAUCGGGAGGUGGAGCGGAUGUCCUCGGCUCUGCGGUCUCCGCAUCCCGCCUGUCAUGUCGACCUCGAGUUCAAGUGCCUGGUCGACCGAGAACAGUUCAUUGCAAAUAGCGAACACGAAGUUAACAUCUUUACGGACGGCAGCAAGAUUGAGGGCAAGGUGGGGGCAGCCCUGUCCGUAUGGACUGGCGCCGCCGAAGCUAGAACCCUCAAGCUUGCUUUGCCGUCCUAUUGCACGGUGUACCAGGCGGAACUCUUGGCGAUAUGCCGGGCGGCGCGGAUGGCCGCAGACAACUUGGCCGGAUCAGUCGGGAUAUACUCUGACUCCCUGUCGGCACUGCUCACACUCAAGAAUCCAAAAGCCCUCCAUCCCCUGGCCGUAGAGGCAAGGGAACACCUGCGAAGGGCUCUGCUCCAGGACAAACAUAUAGAAUUGUUCUGGAUCAAAGCCCACGCAGGGCUAGAGGGGAACGAGCGUGCCGACCAUCUGGCCAAGGAGGCUGCGCUGAAGUCCAAACGCGCGUUUGACUACGACAGCUGCCCGGUUUCGUUCAUCAAGCGGAGCAUUCGCAUGCAGUCGCUUGAUGAAUGGAACCAGCGGUAUCGGGCCGGCGAAACGGCUGGCGUCACCAGGGUCUUCUUCCCUGACGCGACGGCCGCACACAGGAUCAUAGGUAAAAUAAAGGUGGACAGGUUUGUCACUCAGGUGUUGACGGGGCACGGCGGAUUCUCCGAGUACUUGUACCGCUUCAAGUGCAAGGAGAGUCCAUCGUGCGUCUGCGACCCUGAGUGUUCGGAAUCUGUCCUCCACGUCCUCCUGGACUGCCCAGCCCUGGCUUACGAGAGACUGCGUGUCGAGUGUCAAUUGGGAAUAAAACUGAGCAAAAAUAUAUUACCAAAACUAUUAGAAGAAGAAAAUAGCAGAAAACUGUUCCUGCAGUUUUGCAAAGAAAUUGCUGUACUUGUAAAUAAUAGAAAUAGGACUUAA